CGGAAUACGACAUUCGAGGUUGGACAAGGCUCUCCGCAAGGCUAAGUCUCGUUAUUCGGCCCCCAUACGUAUUGCAUUUCAGUCAGUUCUGUCCGUUAUCAAAGUUGUGGCGGACCCAUUACACUCCAUGGGACUUAACACGUUAGGGCAGUCGAGUGCAUUGUGAAUUAACGUUUCUUUGUUCAAGGGAAAAGCAAACGUCAACUUGUUGCGUCACUAUAGUAUAACAUAAGUAUGGGGUGGUCUCUAGGGGUUCCAUUGGUUCUCGCGAUCCUCGCCCUUACACAUACAGCAACCGUUUCACGUCAGAAGCCUUUUCCAGUGAAGCAAAAGCAUCUUCCACCAGAAAACGUGCCCAGUUUUCAACGUGAUUCAGUCGAGAAGCGUCCAGAUUUUUUGAUUGAGAUUAAUGAGAACAAUGAAUACGGUAGCCAAAGUCUACCCCUCAGGGACGCUGUCGAAGCCGUGCCGAGUGUGAUCGGUUUUCACGAUCUGCCUUUACGCGAAGCUGUGGAAUCAAUACCAGAAGAGAUAGGUGAAAGAAUUCCAUUGCGUGAUGCUGUUGAGUAUCGCGUUGCACCAUUUUAUGGGGGACUCGAUCAUGAUUCAAUUUGGAUUGAACAGAUUGCUUCACCCGGAAUUCGUAGAUCGGAAGAUCCACCACAUGUUGUUUGCCAUUUGGAAGCCAAAGCUGCGUAUAGGAUGGAACCCUUUGGACUUUUGCCUCAAGCCCUGCCAAAUAAUAAGUGCACGCAUUUGGUGUACAGUGCUGCUACUCUUGAUCCACACGAUUUGGUUGUUAUGUCGAGGGAUUCCGAAUAUGAUGAAAUCAAGGGUGGAUUCAGAGCUGCAGUAGGUCUACGUAAAAAGGACCCAGCACUUCGUGUACUGAUCUCUAUAGUUUCUCCGGACCAUGGACGUCUCUAUAAUGAUCUACGAAAGAAUCAUGCUACCCGCAAGUUUGUCCAGUCAGUUUUGGACUUUGUUACACUGCACGACUUUGAUGGAGUUGAAAUUGAUUGGGAAAGAUCAUCCAGUUCAGAAUUGGGAUCCCUCUUGAGUGUAUUACGUGACUCCUUCUCACGUAAAGGAUUGAUACUUGCACUGGCAGUGAGACCUGAAGAUCAUGUGGAUCCUGAAAUAGCCGGAUUAACUGAUAUGCUUAUAUUGCGAGCAUGGCGAGCAGAGAACGAGAGAGAGAACGUAGCUCAGCAUCCAGCACCUUUAGACUUCGUGUCACAGUUUGUAAAAAGAUGGACAAGAGUUGGGGUGCCGCCACAGAAGAUAAUAGUAGGCGUACCACUUUUUGGGAAAAGCUAUACAUUGAAGUUUAGCAAUGCCACGAAUGUUGGGGCUCCGGUUCUAGGACCUGGAUUGAGCGGCCCUUAUACUGGACACCGUGGAACGCUUGCUUAUUAUGAGAUAUGUGAAAAAAUGGAAGAUCUGUGGAUUUCCGGAAGGGACGAGGAGGGAGCCUAUUUGAAACGUGGAGAUCAAUGGAUAGGUUUCGAUGAUCCGAUAUCAAUUAAAAUCAAAAUGGCUUAUCUUCGAUCAGCCGGUCUUGGCGGGGUUUCUCUUUGGGCAGUCGAUUUAGAUGACUUUCAAGGAUUAUGUGGUGAUGCCUGGCCAAUAUUAAACGCAGCAACCAGGGGACUAGGACACUAUGAUGAUGUUCCUCAGGAACGCUGUUACGAAGAUGGACUUUUCAGUGACCCAAAUAGCUGUUCAGGAUUCUCAUCAUGCAUUAAAGGACAUUUGUAUAGAGGCAAUUGUGGUCUUGGUCGAUUCUUUGAUGCUUCAAAGGGCCGUUGCGUCACAGCCAGACCGGAUAUAUGUAACCCAGGUCAUUCUCUUCGUAUAUCAACUGGAGAGUCUAGGGGGUCUCAGUAUCGAAUGGGUGAGCUGCAACAGUUGGAAAUAAAGGAAGAAGAGUCACCACGCGUGGUCUGCUAUGUCACUUCCUGGGCUUUGUACAGAAAAGGCGAAGGAAAAUUUGUACCAGAACAUUUAGAUACCCGAUUGUGCACAGACGUAAUCUACGCAUUCGCUGGUCUCAAUCCUGAUACACUUUUGAUACAACCCUUUGAUCCAUGGGCAGAUAUUGAAAAUAAUCUUUAUGAACGUAUUACAUCGGUAAAGGGACCAAGAAUUUUACUCGCUCUUGGUGGCUGGACCGAUAGUUCGGGUGACAAGUAUUCAAGACUAGUUGGCAGUUUGAGCUCACGACGGAAAUUUGUAGCAGCAACUGUCAGUUUUCUAAAAAAACACAAUUUCCAUGGCCUCUCACUUGAAUGGAAUUAUCCUCACUGUUGGCAAAGUGAUUGUAAAAAAGGACCUGCAUCAGAUAAACCAAACUUCACGAAAUUGGUUCAAGACUUAAGGGAUGAGUUCGAUCGACAAGAACCUAAAUUGAUACUGGCAGUAGCCAUUUCCGGUUACAAGGAAGUUAUUGACAGGGCAUAUGAAGUUUCUGAAUUAUCAUACGCUGCUGAUUUUCUAUCAGUCAUGACCUAUGAUUACCAUGGUGCGUGGGAAGGGAGUACGGGACAUCUCGCACCUCUUUACGCGCAACCAGGAGACAGUAAUCCUUAUUAUAAUGUGAAUUUUACUAUGGAAUAUCUUCUAAGUCUUGGAGCUGCAAGAUCUAAAUUAGUUGUCGGAGUUCCAUUCUACGGACAGAGUUAUAGAUUGGCAGAAGCUAGUCAGUACAGACUGGGUGACCCUGCUGCAGGUCCUGGAAUGCCUGGUGAAUUUACUAGACAGCCUGGCAUGUUAGCCUACUACGAGAUCUGUGACAGAUUAAGACAACAACGAUGGCAACUUGGACCAGGUCCAAAUGCACAUUACAAAGACCAGUGGGUAGGUUUUGAAGAUCCAAAAAGUAUUUUCAAAAAAGGUGAAUACAUAUUUAACAAUGGAUUCGGCGGAGUUGCUGCCUGGACUGUUGAUCUAGAUGAUUUUACGAAUCAUUGCUGCUUCGAACCGUUCCCUUUACUUCGAAGUUUGAACCGUGCUCUAGGUCGUCUAUUGAGUCAACCAGCAGCAAGUGACUUGUGUGAAAGACCAGCUACACCAGUAACACCACAACCUCCAACUUUAACAACACACAGUGAUGCCGCAAAUGAACACCCUAAACCAACAUCACCCAUUACACCCUUUCCUAGUACCACUGCAAGACCUACAACCACAUGGCCAUCCUGGACUGAAAAACCUAGUCAAACUUCUAAUCAUCCAACUUCUACAACUACACCACGUACAACAAUUGCACAUUGGACAACAUCAUGGGAAACUACUACACAAAAAACAACAACAAUAAAUACUCCAACAAUAGUUGAUGCCGUGUCACAAGGUAUGUCUUGUCAGAUCGGCCAGUACAAAGCUGAUCCACAAAACUGUGGCAAUUAUUAUCGCUGCGUACUUGGAGAACUAAAGAAGGAACAAUGUGCUCCGGGAUUGCACUGGGAUAUGUAUCGUGGAUUGUGCGACUGGCCAGCAGCAGCGCGAUGCGAAGUAGCAUCACCAACUACAAUUAGUUCAUGGAAGCCACCAAGAAGGACAACCUCGGCGAGCUCGACUACAAACUGGCAGACGGAAUUGACAUCAAAAAAUCCAACUUCCCCUCCGUUGUCUUCCAUACCUUCUCGACCUACUCGCCCUUCUCGUCCAACAAGACCAUCCCGACCUACCACUGUACCGUCCUGGAAUCCACAGACGGAUCCGUCGCCAACUCCAGCAGAUACAAAACCCGAAUGCGAACAUGGCCAGUACUACGAGUUUCCAAAUUCCUGCACAAACUUUCUCAUAUGUGUAAACGGAAAUCUAGUGUCCCAACAAUGUGGUCCAGGACUCAAUUGGAACAAAGAUAAAAAAAUGUGCGACUGGGCUUUCAAGCAUCCUUGCAAGGAGGAUAAAAAUAGGAAGAAAGCACCAUUGGCAGCACAAAAAUUAGAGGAGGAAUCUUGUACUCCAGGCAGCUACACUGGCGUACCUGGUGAUUGCGAAAGCUACAGAGCUUGCUUAUGGGGUCGUCAUGAAAUUUUCCAAUGUGCACCAGGUCUUCACUUUAAUAAAGAUACGCACAUAUGUGACUGGCCGUCACGUGCUAACUGUCAGGAUGAUAAUUCAGAGGACAUUGAUGAGAUCUAUGUUCCAAGCUCUACUGUGAAACCUGUUUUUGGAUCGACCACAACCUCAAAACCUUGGACUCAAAAACCAGCUACAUCUGGCACCACAGUUAUACCUUCAGUAGAUGUUGAUCCUGAUAAAGUUUCUCCACUUUCUGGUCACUUCAAGGUUGUAUGUUACUUCACAAAUUGGGCAUGGUACAGAAAAGGAUUAGGAAGAUAUUUGCCAGAAAAUAUUGACCACACAUUGUGUACACACAUUGUCUAUGGAUUUGCGGUAUUGGAUUAUUCGAACCUCGUUAUCAAGGCUCAUGAUUCAUGGGCUGAUUUUGAUAAUCGUUUUUACGAACGUGUUGUCGCCUACAAGCAACGUGGUCUCAAAGUCCUUUUGGCUCUUGGAGGUUGGAAUGAUUCAGAAGGUGACAAGUACAGUCGAUUAGUUAAUUCGCCAUCAAGUCGCAGUAAAUUUGUAUCACACGCUUUGCAAUUUAUUGAGAAAUAUGAAUUCGAUGGUCUGGAUCUUGACUGGGAAUACCCAGUCUGUUGGCAAGUGGACUGUAAGAAAGGACCGGAUUCUGACAAAGAAGGUUUCUCUAAUCUACUAGCGGAGUUGAGCGGAAAAUUAAAGCCUAAGGGUUUACUCUUAACAGCUGCAGUAUCGCCUAGUAAAAGAGUCAUUGAUAAGGGAUACGAUGUUCCUGCGUUGGCUAAGUAUCUUGACUGGAUUGCUGUAAUGACAUACGAUUUCCACGGUCAAUGGGAUAAGAGAACCGGCCAUGUUGCACCACUCUAUUAUCAUCCGGAUGACGAAUACUAUUUCUUCAAUGCAAACUACUCUAUUAAUUAUUGGAUAUCUAAGGGUGCACCGCCUAGAAGUAUAGUAAUGGGUAUGCCACUAUACGGACAAGCAUUUACUAUAAAUGAUCCAAAAGCUGGUGUAGGUCUCAAUGCUCCAGCAAGUGCUGGAAAUGCUGGGGAAUUCACAAGAGCUGCAGGUUUCCUUGCCUAUUAUGAAAUUUGCGACAGAAUCCAGAACCGGGGCUGGACAGUGGUCCAGGAUCCUCAACGACGAAUGGGUCCAUAUGCUUUUAAAGGAAGUCAAUGGGUCAGUUUCGAUAAUGCUGAUAUGAUAAGACAAAAGGCCCAAUAUGUACGAGAUAUGGGGCUUGGUGGUGGCAUGGUUUGGGCAUUGGAUCUUGAUGACUUCCGUGGCAGAUGUGGUCAAGGGCCUCAUCCUCUUAUGCAUACUCUACAGCAGGUUCUUGCUGCACCACCUAAUCAGCACGACAGACCCAUAAAACCCCCAGUGGUUGGUCAAGAGCUCGAAUGGAAAUCUCCAACUUCACCAUACACAAUGUCUUCUCUGACUAUGUCACCCACGAUCAGUGCUACUGGUAAAGACGACGAUGUCAAAGUCAUUUGUUAUUUUACAAAUUGGGCCUGGUACCGACAAGAAGGUGGUCGUUUCUUACCUGAGGAUAUUGACCCGGACCUCUGCACUCAUGUUCUUUACGGUUUCGCAGUUCUUGAUACGACCAACCUCAUAAUAAAAUCUCAUGAUCCUUGGGCUGAUAUCGAUAACAAAUUCUACGAUAGAGUCGUGGCCUUGAAAGCAAAAGGUAUUAAAGUCUUACUGGCUAUAGGCGGCUGGAAUGAUUCAGCAGGUGACAAGUAUAGCCGUUUAGUCAAUUCAGCAUCCGCUAGACAAAGAUUCAUCACACAUGUUGUACAAUUUAUUGAGAAAUAUGGAUUUGACGGAUUGGAUCUUGACUGGGAGUAUCCAGUUUGUUGGCAGGUCGACUGCAACAAGGGACCAGCCUCUGACAAAGAAGGAUUUAGUGCUUUGGUUAAAGAACUUAGCGCCAUCUUUAAACCAAAAGGGCUCCUGUUGUCAUCUGCAGUAUCACCAAGUAAACGAGUUAUCAGUGAAGGCUACGAUGUACCCGCAUUGGCUAAGUAUCUGGAUUGGAUUGCUGUAAUGACAUACGAUUAUCAUGGACAGUGGGAUAAAAAAACUGGUCACGUUGCUCCUCUGUACGAACAUCCUGAAGAUUGGGAACCUACCUUCAAUGCUAACUUUUCCAUUCACUACUGGCUGGAUCAAGGAACUCCACCGAAGAAGCUUGUGAUGGGUGCGCCGCUUUAUGGACAAUCAUUUUCUCUAGCAGAUAGAAACGAAAGGGGACUUAAUGCUCCAACUUAUGGUGGUGGAGAAGCAGGUGAAGCAACCAGGGCACGUGGUUUCCUUUCUUAUUACGAGAUCUGUGAAAGAGUCCAGCAGCAAGGAUGGACUGUAGUACAAGAUCCUCUACGAAGAAUAGGGCCUUAUGCCUACAAAGGCGACCAAUGGGUCAGUUUCGAUGAUACUGAGCAGAUUCGUCUAAAGGCUGAAUUCAUUAAAAACCUUGGUCUUGGUGGUGGAAUGAUUUGGGCCUUGGACCUGGAUGACUUCCGGAAUCGAUGUGGCUGUGAAGCUAGUCCUUUGCUUAAAACUAUGAACAGAGUCCUUCGUGAUUAUCCUCCAGGACCCAAAUGUCCAAUAACAGAAUCUGGGAUAGAGAUUCCACCAAGUCCAAAACCAACUACAACAACUGCACCAAUCUCAGACCCAACUACUCCCAGUACAACUUAUUACCCGUCGGAAGAAACAACAGAAUCUACCUCAUCAAAUACAAAUGACUCAAUUGAAAUUGACGCUGCUGCACCAAUUUUGCCAGAUCUACCACUUGGAGAUUGUCAAGGUCGAAUGUUCAUGCCUCAUAAUAAGGACUGUUCAAAGUAUUUCCUUUGCAAUUUUGGAAAGCUUUCUGAGCAAACAUGUCCUGGCGGAUUGCAUUGGAACAAGGACAGAUGCGACUGGCCUGAAAAUUCAGACUGCGCUAAUCGUAUUGAUGGUGAUGGUGAUUCGUUUAAACCAAGAAAACCUGUACGUCCUGGAAACCCUGUGAAGUCGACGAAAUCAUUUAAUUCAACUGUGAGACUAACUGAGCCACAGAUAGAAGAACAAAAUUCACAUGAAACGAAAAAAUUAGUUUGUUAUUUUACAAAUUGGGCAUGGUAUCGACCUGGAGAUGGUAAAUAUCUACCAGAAGAUAUUUCAUCAGAACAUUGUACCCAUAUCGUGUAUGGGUUUGCUAUGCUGGACUCAAAAGAACUUGUAAUUAAACCUUAUGACACACGGGCAGAUAUCGAUAAUGAUAUUUACAGCAGAGUUGUCGCUUUAAAAAAGAAGGGCAUCAAGGUAUUACUUGCUGUGGGAGGAUGGAAUGAUUCAGCUGGAGACAAGUAUAGUCGUUUAGUUAACUCGCCAUUGGCAAGGAAAAAGUUUGUAGCUCACGCAUUGAAAUUUCUGAAAAAACAUGAAUUCGAUGGCUUAGACCUUAACUGGCAGUACCCAGUGUGCUGGCAGGUUGAUUGCAAGAGAGGACCUGCCUCUGAUAAAGACGGUUUUAGUUCCCUGAUCAAGGAACUGAGUAGUGCCCUAAAGCAUAGAGGAUUACUAUUGUCAUCAGCAGGUUCACCCAAUAAACGAGUAGUGGAUGAAGGUUAUGAUGUGCCAAUCCUUGCAAAAUAUUUGGAUUGGAUUGCUGUGAUGACCUAUGACUUCCAUGGUCACUGGGAACGUAAAACAGGCCACGUCACACCGCUCUAUUAUUAUCCGAAUGACGAGUUUGAUUACUUCAAUGCUAACUUUUCUCUCAACUAUUGGAUACAGAAGGGUGCACCACCUCACAAGAUUGUCAUGGGUGUCCCAUUUUAUGGUCAGACAUUUACAUUGUCAGAUUACAAUGAAAGUGGAUUACAAGCCUCAGCUAUUGGACCAGGAAAUGCAGGAGAAUUCACGAGGGCUGCUGGUUUUCUAGCGUACUAUGAGAUCUGUAAAAUGAUUAAGAGCGACGGUUGGAUAGUAACCAAGGACCCAGAACGUAAAAUUGGUCCCUACGCUACACGAGGAGACCAAUGGGUUGGCUACGACGAUAUUAACAGUAUAAUAGAAAAGGCUCGUUUGAUUCGUGACUUGGGUCUUGGCGGAGGAAUGGUUUGGGCCUUAGACCUUGACGAUUUUCGAAAUCGCUGUGGAUGCGGUAAAUAUCCACUACUGAGUGCCUUGAGUCGGGGUCUUAAGGGUGGCCUAUCAGAUCUGGAAGACUGUACCUAAGGAAGCUAAUUGCGUGUUCUAUGACCACAUUUGAAUUUCCUCAUGAAUAAGAAAUAAUAACGUAAUUGCAACCAUGAGAGAAUCUAGGGAAUCUAUUAAUUAACCCUAACUGUUCCACUAUUAAUUACUUAAGAUUCUCUCACGGAUCACAUGUCUCUUCCGCGCGACACGAUCGAUCAUUCUAUUCGAUUUACAAGAAGGAAGACAAUAAAAAUUAUUCGUGCCACCCGAGAAGAUGCAAUUAGCUAUUAUGCCUUAUUAGUUAUCAGCUUUGUAAUCAAACCUUGUAUUAUAUUACGCUCAAUAAAGGACUGCUAUUUUUAUCGAA